AUGAACUGCAGAGAGUGGUUGGCGAAACUUGUUUCGUAUGACACUACCAGCCGAAAUUCGAACCUCGAGCUCAUUUACUGCAUAAGAAGCUACCUUACGGCCCUUGGCGUACCGAGCACGUUAGUGUACAACGACGAGAAAACAAAAGCGAAUCUAUGGGCAACGUUGGCAGGUGAGGGUGGGAUAACAGAUGGUGGAAUUAUCCUCUCCGGUCAUACAGAUGUAGUCCCGGUAGAUGGCCAGAAAUGGGAGAGUGACCCCUUCACUCUAACAGAAAGAGAUGGGAAGUUCUAUGGACGAGGCACGUGUGAUAUGAAGGGUUUCAUCGCGGUUUGCAUGUCUCUUGUACCAGAGCUUCUUCAAAUGAAGCGAAGGAAACCUAUUCACCUUGCGUGGACGUACGAUGAGGAAGUGGGGUGUAUUGGCGGCCAAGUAUUAACCCAGUUUCUUCGUGAACAAGGGGUCAAGGCUUACGGAUGCAUUGUUGGGGAGCCAACAUCCAAUCAGGUUGUUGUUGCACACAAGGGAAUAGCAGUUUACCGCGCUCGUGUGCAGGGGAAGGCGGCACACUCUUCGUAUGCACUUACACGCCGGAGCUGCAAUGCCAUCGACUAUGCCGCUAAACUCAUUGUGAAGAUACGCGAAAUCGCCGAGGAUUUCCGGUGCAACGGAACGUGUGAUUCAUACUUUGACGUUCCCAACACGACGAUAUCAACCAAUCUUGUGACUGGUGGUAACGCUGAGAACACCGUACCCGCAGUUUGUGAAUUCGUAUUUGAGAUGCGUUACCUAACAAAUACUGACUUGGGUUUGAUUGAAAAACAAAUCAAAACCUAUGCAGAAGGUGAACUCCUCCCACUAAUGAAGACGGAAUUCGAUUGCGCAAGCAUUGAAAUUGUGAAGAUGGUCGGCGCACCACCUCUGAAGCAGGCGGAUGAGGAAGAUCCUUUUCUCAUUUUGCUUCGUCGUAUUGCAAGGGAUAACGCGGUACGUAAGGUUGCGUAUGCCACGGAAGCUGGACAUUACCAGGGUAUCGGUAUCCCUGUUGGUGUUUGCGGCCCUGGCUCGAUUCUGCAGGCGCAUGGAGCUAACGAAUUCGUCACCCUCGAGCAGCUCGAAGGUUGUGCUAAAAUUAUUCGUGAGGUUGCGCAAGACGGCGAUAUUGGAAGAAAACCGCAUUUGUAG